AUGCAAGAUGAAAUGAAAUCCUUGCAUAAUAGUCAGACAUUUGAACUUGUGAAGUUGCCAAAAGAGAAGAAAGCUUUGCAGAACAGGUGGAAUAGGUUGAAGCAUGAAGAAACUUCUCAGUCUCCAAGGUACAAGGCUAGAUUGGUGGUCAAGGACUAUAGGCAGAAAAAGGGAGUUGACUAUGAUAAAAAAAUUUCACUGGUUAUGAAAAGAUCUUCUAUUAGGAAUGUUUUGAGUUUGACUGCAAGUCUUGAUUUAGAAAUAGAGCAGAUGGAUAUGAAAACUGCUUUCCUUCAUGGUGAUUUUAAGGAUGAAAUUUAUAUGGAACAACCUGAAGAUUUUUUGAAUGCUUCUAGGAUUGACAUGUUGAAGAAGCAACUUGAGAUGUCAUUUUCAAUGAAGGACCUUGGAUCGGCAAAAGAGAUUCUUGGUAUAAGAAUCGAGCAUGAUAGAAAGGAGAAGAAAAUUUGGUUGUCACAGGAGAAAUACAUAAAGACAAUGUUGCACAGCAUGAAGUUGUGUUAUGAAAGUGAGAAGCCUAUUCUAGUUGGUUACACUGACUCAGACAUGACAGGAGAUAUUGAUUCUAAAAGGUUCAUUUCAGGCUUCUUGAUCAACUUUGUGGGUGGAGCUAUAUUAUUACAGGACCCUCUAGAUGUAAAGUCAUCCAAGAAAUUCCCGUUAGCUUCAAGGUUAGUAGUUUUAGCUUUCUCUGUGAUUUGUGGAGUAUACAUAUUUUCGAUUUGUUCAGAGCAAGUAGGUGUAAACACACAUUCCAAGCUCGUAGACGUCAAAGUCUUCAAACAGCAAUGUCCUCCUCCUCCUGUGGAACAAUGGGAACUGCCCUACUUGAAUUAUCCAGACCCACAAACCUUCAACAGAGAGGAGUGUGCCUGCAAUCCUGUUCGGUUAUUUUGCAUUGUGUCAAUGCAAAGAUCUGGGAGCGGUUGGUUUGAGACACUUUUGAACAGUCAUAUGAAUGUUAGCUCCAAUGGAGAAAUAUUUUCGGUUGUUAAAAGAAGGGAGAAUGUCUCUUCAAUUUUGAUGACAUUGGAUAAAGUGUAUAAUCUUGACUGGUUCACAAGUGCUUCAAAGAAUGAAUGCUCUGCCGCUGUUGGCUUCAAAUGGAUGCUUAAUCAGGGGUUGACAAGGCAUCAUGAAGAAAUAGUAAAAUAUUUUGAAAGGAGAAAUGUAUCUGUAAUAUUUCUAUUCAGAAGAAAUUUUCUUCGCAGAAUGGUAUCUGUGUUGGCAAAUAUUUAUGACAAGGAGGUCAAGUUACUGAACGGAACACAUAAGUCUCACGUGCAUUCCACUACGGAGGCGAAUAUUCUUGCACAGUAUAGGCCACGACUCAAUGUUACGCUAAUGAUAUCAGAGCUAAAGCUAACUGAGGAGACAACUCAAAAUGCCUUGGUAUACUUCAAGAACAUUCGCCAUAUUGUUCUCUACUAUGAGGAUCUUCUCAACAAUCGAACUAAAAUCUUGGAUGUUCAAGAAUUUUUAAGGGUGCCGUACAGAGAUCUACAGAGCCAUCAAGUGAGGAUACACACUGCUCCGCUAUCAAUGCAGAUUGAAAACUGGGAAGAAGUGCAAAAAGCACUGAAUGGAACGCCGUAUCAGAAAUUUCUAUAUUCAGACUAA